UCCACCCUCUUCCAACAUGGCCACUUCGGUGGACGUCAUGGUGGACGUAGACGAUACAAGCUGGAUGCAAGAGCUGGAGAGCGCUCUCCUUUCAGAAUGUGACCUGAAUACCCUGCGCCAGGUUUCCAAGAUGAAGCCAGUUCCGGAAUGCUUUCGGGCAUACGUUUGGAAGAUAAGCUUGGGCGUCAAAGGUAAAGAACUUGGCGAUUGGGACGAGAUUUAUGACCUUUCAGAGCAGUCACUGAUUAGAAAAGACUGUCAGACACUUGUUGACAGGUUUGGCAACGAUGAAGAGGAGAAGGUGUCUGUAUUAUGUGACCUUGAGUCUGUGUUGACUCGGUUUUGCAAGACGACUGGCCUCCACUAUGAGAGCAGCAAUGGCUGGAUGGAGGUGCUGGAACCCCUCAUUGCACUACAUCUGUCAAAAGAAGAGCUGUACAUCUGCUUCCAUGCCCUGAUCACCACCUAUGUCCCUAGGCACUGCGUGAAAGAUGGAGCCCCUUUCCACCUUUUACGACUGCUGCUGUUGUACCAUGACCCCGAGCUGUGCUCGUUUCUCGACACCAUGAAGAUCACCCCAGACUGCUAUGCCCUGCCUUGGUUUCGAAGCCUUUUCUCAUCCACUUGCGACCUGAAGGUGAUCCAGAACAUGUGGGACAUCUACCUUCAGCUGGCUGACCCAUUCCUUCUGUUUUCUCUCAGCCUUGUGCUCUUGGCAAACACCAAAGAAGAAAUUAUGUCCAGGAAAGGGGACAGCAAAGCUGCAAUCAUAGAACUCAUAUCGUCUGCUCCAUGUGCCUUAGAAGCGGAAGACAUUGAAGAUUUCUGCUCACUUGCCCAGUUUUACUCAACGAGAACUCCCCUGUCUUUUAGUCGGGAACACCAUGCCAUUAUAUUUGGCUCAGAAGAGUGUGUGGACAGGGACCUUCCCCAGGCAUUGUGCCUACCCGUGUGUGUCUCGGAGCUUGUCACUACAAACAAGCUGGACAGGCAUACAUUGGUGCGCUACUUUGUGGUGGACUGCCGGCCUGCUGACCAGUAUAACAGCGGACACCUCAAAACAGCAUUCCAUCUAGAUGCCAGCUUGAUGUUGCAGGAGCCACGUGCCUUUGAGACGGCUGUGCAAGCACUAUUUGCGGCCCAGAAGCAGGCCAUGGAGGCCAACUCGGUGGCAAGUGGCGAGCACCUCUGCUUCAUGGGCAGCGGUCGUGAGGAGGAAGACCAGUAUGUGCACAUGGUGAUUUCAAGCUUCCUCCAGAAGCAUCUGCAAUACGUCAGCCUCGUCCGGGGUGGAUACAAAGCACUUCACGAUUUCAUCUCUGAAGACCUGGACUCGUAUCUUGCCGACCACAGUCCUCGGCUAUGCAUUGUCUGUUCCUCCUCCAGCGCCAGCUCUACAAAUGGCAUGGAUGAUGAUGACGUCUCUUUCCUUGCUAAAGUGCAACAGGUCACAACUGUGUUCAAGAGCAGAGCCAGCGACAUGAAGGGAAAGCUCGUGGAUUACAUCACAAAUCCACAGCAACCACCUGUCGAAAGGCAUGUGAGCAGCUCUGACAAACUGGGCAAGCGUUACCGCGGCAUGGCACCAGUCUUUAGCAUUGAUGAUGAGCAUGAUGAUUUUGGUGGUCACGGUGAUCUAGAUGUGUCGGUACAAGAAGAGGAAAGCAUUAGCACGUGGGUGAAAAAGCCUGAAGUUCUUGGGCACUUCAAGUGUGAAGAAAUCAAAGAGAAUGGUCAUCUCUAUCCUAGUCACUUGCUAGUGACCGAUACUCACCUCUACCUGCUGCGCGAGCUCAGCCACAAGAAAGGAACCGCUCGGGUGGUGUCCCAGCGGCCCCUGCUUUCGGUGCUCAAGAUCACCAGCAAGAAGCAGCACCCCGAGCUGAUCACCUUCAAGUACGGCCUCAACGACAAUGCCACGGGCACCUUCACGGUCGUCGCAAUGGAGCGCCUACUGAUCCCCAAAGCCAAGGAAGCCACACAGCUCGUCAAGGCCCAGAUCACCAAGCUGCUUGAGGAGACUGAUGCUAGGUAAUGGGAUCACUGUGACCAUUUGAGGUCAGCAUAAAUGGGAUCAAGCAAAAACAGCCAGCAGUCCACCACGAGCCAAAUGCUGCACCAUGGCAAGAUUGUGAUGGUGCAACACUGCGAGCACAUUUUUCUUUUACAGCAAUGACAUUAUAUUGACGUCUUAACUGGCUCUUUUUUCUUGAGCUUAAACCUACUUGCAUUCUUUAGGAAUGUUUUCCUUAUGCCUGCUUGACAGUGCGCUUUGAAGUAACUGGACAGAAUGCAUACUAACAGCUACUUGUUAGUUGCCUGUUUCUUUUGUACUGGAAAUGUGUUCAUAGUAGGCAAAUUGUAGAUCAAUGAAAAUGUGGCAGAAAGAUUGUUAUGCAACUUGUUUUGUGUACGUGAAACUUGCAUAUUUUGCAACAGGAGUUCAUAUGGUGUGUUCUUCAAAAUGGAUUGCACUCGUUUUGUUGCACAAUGAUCAUUAAUGUAGAACAAAGUACCUUUGCUUUGUCUUUUAGGUGCGACAGUUAAUAUUUUUUGGCAAUAUUUUUUUUUUUUUUUUUUAGCUUUAGCCAGCAUGAUUGUCUCACUCACGCUGUUGAGUCCUAGUACAGAGAGGCAUAUGUUUAGUACCUACACAUCUGGUGAUAGUAAAUCUACUGGCGGCAUCAUUAGACUGGGAGUCAAUGAAAUCACACAGAGUGCAUUGAAAUGCAAAUUAGCGGCACCUUUUAUGUGCAGUAUUCAAGUAGGAGCUGCCAAAUGUAGUUUUGAGCCUGAACUGCAAAAUCAGAAUACCUAGGUAUAUACUUGCCAGCUUUCCUGCAGUACUUCUGGAAAUGCAGCAUGAAUUUCUUUUAUUUACAUAUUUUAGGGCAAUUUACAUCAUUCUUUGCUUAAAAUAUGGCAAGAGCUGAAUUAGUCUCCUACACACCACUGACCACGGAAAAGUACUAGGUAGUUAUGCUGCCAGUAAAUGUUCUACCCCUAACACAUAAUAACAAAUAUUUGGACAAUUUAUUUAAAGCACUUAAUCCUGCUUUGAUAGCACCAUUUCAGUUAUGUAACAAGAAUAGUGACAAUCAUGAACCCAUUUGUAAGCUUGUCUUAUUUUCAAUUUUAAGGGACUGUAGCAAGCAGUGUCCUAAUUAGUGUGUGUAAUGCACGACGCUGCAAAGCAAUCGCAAAAUAAAGAGGGUCACCCCCCCCCCCCCCGCUUUCUUUUGCUAGCUUUACAGGCCUGUAUCUUUGAAGUUAGAUGGAAGGACUGGUCUUUCUGUGUGCGGUUUGACAGUGAAGAAAGCGAGGGGAUGGCGCAUGAAGUACAGUAUGUAGGAACACGCACAAUAGUAAGAGGACACUCUAAUCGUGUCUUCAGCUCAUCAUUGCAGAGCACUCUGGCAAUGCUGCAUAUGUUUUGUAAAGCCACUGAUCUUUACUGCCAGUGUAAGCAGCACUGGUGGUGAUAGUGAGGCCUAAUUAUGGCUACUAGAGCCCGCUUGCACUCAUCAACACAACUUGAGUGUGACAUUACCCAAGCUUUGUAGCAUGGCGGUAGUGCUGUGAAAUGAUUACUUGAAAAUGUUGUUACCAUUACGCCCUCUGAAUUGCUAUGAGCUCACGUGAAUGCCUGCUCGAAAAGUACUAGGAACAGUGGCAGCACAUGCAGUUUACAGUACCCAUGUGCAACAGUCUGGAGAGGGGUGUUCUUCAGCCUUGAUGGAAAGGUCUAUGAGGAAGUCAAGGAACUGGAAGUCUUUUUCAUUUACUACAUUAGCUGUUAUGGGCUCUUCAGAAUUACUUGUAAAUCUUGAUGUUGUACUAUGUUUAACGAAAUCCACGACAGGUUGAACUCCCCUCCAUUGAACAGCUGCCUUCGUUCUUGGUGUCGCAAGUUUUCCUGUGACAGAUAAGCGUUGCGGCACAAAUUAAAUUGUUGAUUGCAGUGUUUACAGUCAGCGAAAAUGAGUGUUAUAGCAGCCAGUAUCAUAUUUUUAUUCUUGGUUUAUUGAGCAGUACUUUUAUAAAGAGAAAAGUGCUUGCAAUACUUCUUGUGGGUUCUGUUCUAUGAGGCUUCCUGCUCGUCUGUCAUACAUUGUGCAUAUAAAGAAAACUAUCUCUGCCAUUUCAUCGCCUUUUUGUGCAGAAUUGAAACUUAUUCCCUGGUGGUGCUGUUCCCCUUUCUUCCACUUGUUCUACAUAACUCUAUCCUCUUCAAUGUUGGAGCAGGUCAUUGAAAACAAAAGGCAAUGUUGUUCUGUAUGUACAGAGUUAAAUAGGCACAAGAUCUGUGAAUGAUGUCGCAUACUUUAUAAGAUUUCACUGCAGAUUGUUAAUGGGAUUCCAUGUAACCUAAAUUUAUGAUGCAUUAGUGUGGUUGCUGUGAUUCAGGGCCAAUGCUGUUUCAUUGUGCCAACUGUCAGGAUUCCAAAUUGCAGCCGGAUUUGAGACAUGACUAACUGGUAAUCCAAAUUGCAGCUGUGUACUCCAGAAGAUUCACUUUAGCAGACUAACGCUAUCAGAAAGGCUAUGAAAUGCAAUUUUUAGGGGUGUUCGAAUAUUCGAAACUUUUGAUUAAUGAAUUGAAUGCUCCCCUAUUCGAUUCUGUCCUCGAAUUGAAUAGUUGCUAUACGAAAACUCGAAUAUUUUUCUAAUAGUUCUAGAGUAUUUCAUGUCGUCAACGGUGCAUGAUCAAACAUGAAAUUGAAGCAAAAAUACAAUGACAUUUAUCCCUUGAACAGCAGGCGUAAUGUACCAGAGCAUGCUGUCUCUCAGGGAGCCAGGCUUUAUCGGUAAAAAACCAUGAUCAACAUUAAAAAAAAUUUGUUUAGACGGAGCAUUAUGCAAUGGGUAUUAUUUUACUAUAUAUAGAUGCCGCACAUGUGUCCUCCUGUCGUAUUAAAUAUGAAGGCAUUUCUUUGCAGCAUACUCGAUACAAUAGUGGCACUAUGCAUCUGCUGCGACCAUUGGAAAUAGAGAAAAAAGGGCCUCUUUUCUUUCGCUCUCUCUGCCUUCGCCGCAGAUGACCCACAUUUCUGGUUUGGGCGUGGAGGCAUACACAAAUGUUAUUUGCGCCGCAAGGCUGUGUUUCUAAACUUAAUCAAACUUAAAUCUGAUAAUGCAUGACCGCAUGUGCUCAGAAGAGCGCCGAGUUUGUGAGCAAGCUUUUUAGUUAUUCUUAAGGCUCCCUUUGUGCAUUUAAAAUAGAGCAUGCAUUUUAAUGUGCCGUGUAAUGACAGAAACUUUCUAGUGUCAUCAAAACCUCAAUGUGAGAAUUGUUUGAUAUUGCUGGUGAUAAGGCUGUAUAUUAUUCAAACUAUUAUGCAAACUAUUUGGUUUAAUUCGUUUCUGGCGCUAUUUGGUUUGUAUUCGAUUCGGUCUCAAAAACUACUAUUCACAUACCCCUAACAAUUUUUCAAAACCUGAGCAGGAUGUUGUAAUGUAUUCGAGGGUUUUCAAUUAAUAUGUAUUGCCAAAUCAAUUGUGGAAAUGCAAUGUUUACUUCCCCAUUCCCCCAUCUUCUCUUUUUUUUUUUUUUUUUGCUCAAAGUCAUGCGCACAGGCGUUGCACAAAGGUGCCUGAGAGCAACAAAUGAGAGGCUACACGUCUACAGGUGCAGCUUGAAUUCAGAUCCCUUCAAGUUUGUCGCAAAAGGAGUCUAAUUGCAAUUAAGGUGUAUCAUUGUAAAGAAAUAACAUUAAGUAAAUGAGGGCUCUGUGUUUUAUUUAUGUUUCUAAUGUUUGCCAAGCACAGGAGAUGGCAUACUGUAAACCAUAUCGUCCAGACCUAUUCUUUUUUAACGAGUUGUUUAUUGUUUAUACCACCCUAUGGUUUCACUCUCUUCUACAAGCUUUCUGUCUAAAGCCCAUUAAAGGGCCCCUGAACCACUUUUUAUCGAAGUGUGGAAAGACAUUUGAAGGGAAGGUAGGCUAUAUCAGAAUCACUUUGCUGCAAAAAGUACUUCAAUGCGUUCAGCAGAAGCGGAAUUAUUGGCAAUCAAACAUGGCCUCAGCUGUGUGACCCUUCCUCCUCCAAUACCUUGCACUGCGAAGGCCACGGCGGAGACAUCACCGUGGCGCGCAGUUCAAAUUUCCGAUUUGGUGCCUAUGCCGCGCUAAACGUAAGCCAAACGCGGCUGUCCUCAGAGAGCCGCAGUGCACUUAGACAUUGGACUUGUGGCGGCACCUCGCUGCGGCCACGGUUUAGCCGAGCGCAACGACCAAUAGCAGCCGCGUAUUGGAGUGUGCUUUAUGACGAAAUAGAGCGAGGAGCAUGGGGUUUUUGAAACGAGAGCGUUUGAGAAAAAGGUGACUUCGCACUCCGCUUGCGAGCUCCACGAACCGCAUACGACAGCAGAACUUGGCUGAGAUGUUCUCAACAGCGUAUGCUACCCGCAUACUAUGUUAUUUCACCAAGCCUGAGGGGUGGUUCAGGGCCCCUUUAAGUGAAAUUUCUUUGUGCAUUAUGAUUCUGCAGCAUGUGGUUGACAAAGCACAAGUUACUACUAGACAAACUAAGUUUUGUGUAUAUUCAUGUAAUAUUGUCAGUGCCGUAGUUGCUGUAAUGUGUACAUGUGGUGAUCUUAAGAAGCCGGUUAUCUCGCUACUGCUGCUGCAUUAUGUGCCGUGUUCCUUCAUUUUCGUGCAGAAGCUUUAUUAUUUAUGUCUGCAGCAAUUGUUUGUGGAAAUCAAUGAAUCGAGCAUUUACGUUCCAAGUCACCUAGAGAAAAGGACCAAUGAACACAUUCCCAUGGUUGAAGUGCACGUUUUAAAGGGAUGCUGAAGAGAAAUAUUAUGUGCAGUUACCUUUGUAUAUUGUGCCUCUGGAAUAUAGAGCGGAUUAUUUAUAGCAUGAGCUAAUUAUUGUGAGCCAGAAAGGGUCUGAAAACAAAAAACGGGCAUUGGAAGUGCAUUGAAAUAGCUGUCCAUGAUGUCAUACAUUUUUACACCAUGUGUUGCGGGUUGGCUAAUUAUUCAUGUAUUAGGAGGAGUUACACUACACUUGAAAGUAAGCAAUGAUUCAAACUGGCAACAUUUUGGCAUGUUUUCCGUGUACAAAUGCACCAAAUAUGCAAAAACACUCGGAAAUCUAUGACAUCAGAUAGGUGCUAAGGUUUUGGUGCUAAAUUAAUAAAGAGGACUUUAGUAUUUAUUUUCUGCACUUAUAAUCAACCAUUUUAUAUUACAUAAAUGCAAAUAUAAUUUGGAAGGUUGCCUGCCUAACUGGUUUAAUGUUUCUUUUCAGGUUCCCUUUAGAUGUUACUUGCGUUUAACCACAAUGAUACGACUGUUCUGUAUGCUUAGAAUUAUUAUUUUACUUUCCUCUUGGUGUAUUGCACUAACUUGAGUUCUUCAUAAGGAGGUGCACAAAAGAAUGUCUGGUGUACAUUAUUCCGGUACUUCUCAUGGUAUACAGAUAUGAUUUGAGCACAUUGCUGUAGCAAAUAGUGCUUGCAUGAAUGGCCUGUUUUGACACAUUCUGGAAGGGGCACUAGAGGCAAAUAUUAACCGUAGCCUAAGUGAAAGAUUGCGAUUUGAAAAUGACUCGGCUUUUCUUCUGCACGAGAAGAUUACCUAGUCAUUUAAUAAAUUGUGAUUAUAGACAGCAUAUGGGUGGUCACACAUCAUCCGCGCAUUGGCCUGUCAUAGGAUUUUGGAAAUUUGGGUGACUGGAUGCUGCAGCCUUUGGCCAGUCAGAAGGCUUAUAGCUCUGACAGAGUAAAAUGAAAGAGUAGAAUUGGUGUAUUUGGUGAGAAAUCCUUUAAAAUUAGCCAGAGUGCAUUUUCUUUAUGUUCAAACACAAUGUCACUACCUUAUUUUACUUGGUUGGCUACUACAUAUAUACCAAUUAUAUAUUUAUAUGUGUACAGACUAUGUCAUUGGGGAGAGGUUAUUUUCAGAGGUGGCAUUGACCCUAUUCUAUGCUUGUCAUUUUCUUAUAAAAGCAGUGUCCUCAAUAAUGGUGACACCUUGGAGGUUUCAGAGUACUCAUCUAUCACUUUAGCUUGUCUUUUAAUAUUUGCCUUUAGUGUCUUUUAUAGUGGUGUGCUUAUAUAAAGUGUUAAUUUAUAGUCUGUGGACAUUUUCGCUUGAGAUAUUGAGGAAAUACUGUUUCACACCUUCCGUCCCUUUGACAGCCCUGGAAAAUUUCUUUGGGCGGUUUUGGCAAAGCCUGUGUUGACUGAGGUUGAAUGUUGUAUGCUUGUAGAUGUGCAACAUAGUUGAAAUUGACCAAAAGUUGUACAACUAAAUGUUUGGCAGAUGCUGCGCAUGUGAUUGUUACUCAAGUAAGAAGCCUCUGUCGGGGUCAGAUUUCGCUUUCGGUUUUAUCUUUUUGUUGGUAAGAUGUAAAUAGUAUUUUAUAUAUGUUGAUAGUGUUAGAUGGCUAUGUGUUCUGCUGUACAAUUUAUAGCCUUCUUGUACAUUCAAUAAAGUGUCAGUGGAAGCUC